AUAAUUUGCAAGGUGAACACCCUUGAAGUACAAGCUUAAUAAUACUAGCUGGGAUUGCUGUGCUGACACAGUGAACUUUUAAGUGUAUGCCAGCAAUGGUGAACUAUGCCCAUUCAAAUUCUUCAGAAAGGUCAUCGAAUCCACAACAUAUAACAUCCAUCGACGAAGAACUAGAGUCAGAUGAAACAACUAACGGUCAGAACUCCUCUCAAAGUCAGCAUGGUAUUCCUUCUCCAAAGGAAGCUGGAGAUCAUGAUAAACAUCACAAUAUUCGAGCGUAUUUUCCAAGAAGGUUAAGUAGUCAUCGAAGACAAAAUCAGAUUCCAACACCUCAUGCAGAAGCUGAUGAAGUGUUGGACUCUCCACAUAGGAGCCAUUUUGGGAUGAAUUUUGACAGGACUAAUACGUUCCUAGACGAUACACAUAUCAACCUCAACAAUAUCCGAUAUAGUAUAGGUGAACGAAUAAGGGGUGUAAUCUAUAAGAUCGAGGAUACAAUUGGCCCUAUCGUAAAGAAAAUCAUUCCAAAUUUUAUCAUAGCACACUAUGUAUACAUCCUGUUUUGGGUGAUUCUUGGAUCAGUUAUAAUAUACCCUCAGAAGGAUAUGGAAUACGUUGAUGCGCUGAUGUAUGCUGCCGGUGCCUCUACUCAAGGUGGCUUGGCUACUACGCAAAUGAAUGACAUGAAAUUGUACCAGCAAAUUACAAUAUAUGUUGUUUGCAUGUUUACAACACCAAUUUUCAUUCACGGUUCCUUAACUUUCUUAAGACUUUACUGGUAUGAAAAAAGAUUUGACAACAUCAAAGAAAAAUCCAUUCAGCAAUACAAAAUGCGCCGAACAGCUACGAUUGCUAAUCUGAGAACGGAAACUUUGAAUGCCAGAACAAUGACGGGCACAAGUGGAAACGUUAGAGACAAGGGUUAUGAUAGUCACAAUGCUUCUGAAGGUCUCACAAGCCGUAUGAAACGAUUUGAGAAUAAUAUGAAAAUACAAAACAAUAAGAAAGCCGUCAACAGUAAACAACAGCAAAGCCCUCAAAUCAUAAUACCAUCAGAUGAUCUGUCAAAGGAAACACCUCUUCGUCAGAAUAAUGUCACAAGUCCAUCCCGUUUGAAAUUCGAGGUUGCUAAUUUCAAUGAAAGGACCCGCCAACCCUCUGACUCUAAUGAAGUUGUAAAACAUGUGAGUGAACCAAGUGAUGCCUCAAACUCACCUUCUUCUUCAUCUUCUUCAUCAUCAUCAUCAUCAUCAUCGUCCUCAUCCUCAUCAUCAUCAUCAAGCUCUUCUAACAGUGAUAAUGAGAAUGCGAUUGCAGAUGAUGAUAGAUCUAGCGUCAAUCAAAACAUUGUUUCCUCGACUAAAAAUCCCCAUGCACCAAGUAAUACGACAUCUUCUUUAGGUAACAAAAAUGGGAAAAAGAUAACCAGCAGCAAAAAAGGCAAUAACACUAACAACAAUGGUGUCCCUAAUAUUAAGACUAAUAUUAACACCAAUAAUACCCCCAACAUUAAGUUCGAUUUGGAUCCUAGAGACUUGUAUAUGUCCAUUUCAGUUUUGCAAAAUAAUCCGGAGAAAAAUGAAGAUAUUGAAUCCGGACCUGCUCUUCAUAUAAAAGGUCCAAGAGAACUUGAAAAUGACAAGAAGGCCAAAAGAUUACCGGGACACCGACUAAAACACAGGAAGCUGCUUAAGGAGAGAAGACUUAAAAGGCUCAAAGAGAGAGGAAAAGAGAUGGUAGAUACUCAGAAAAGAAUACUUCACAAAGAUAUAGAAGAUCUUGAAAAGGAAGAUUUUGCAUUACACCUGCCGACGAGUUUUGACAUUGAUCCCCCAAAAAAGAAAGAUCAAAGAUCUUUAUCAGUUCCGGCAUUUAUCGACGAUCAUCCUUUGUCGACAGAUAGUAGUAAUAUGGAUAUCAAGGAGGAUAAUGAUUCGUCAGAGAACAAUCUGAAUCCCAUCUCAACCAAUGAUCAAAAAAUUAAUCAAAACCUGAAAAAGAUGGAACGCUCUCAUACUAUUCAUAUUCCUAGUUUUUCAAAAAAGUUAUUCAACACGCUAGGACAUGACAUUCAAAAGGAAUUUGGAUCAGGAGUGGAGCAGAAUGAAGAUCAAGAUGAAGACUUUAAAAGCGAAGAGUUUCCACGCAAGGCGAACCGGAGAAGGGCUAGCUUUUUCACUAGAACCUUGACCGGGAUGUCUAGAAGAAGAACCAGGUCAGACCCUUCGGCGCUGUCGGAUGAUGAGCUGGCAGAUCAAUAUGGAUCUCAAUUUCCGACUAAUUACCUUUCUUGGAAUCCGACGGUAGGAAGAAACUCUAAAUUCAUUACCUUAUCCACUGAUCAAAAAUAUGAAUUAGGUGGUGUAGAGUAUCAGUCAAUGAGACUUCUAUGCAAAUUGCUAGUGAUAUAUUAUGUUGGUUUCCAUCUUGCUGGUAUUGUCUUUUUUGUUCCAUUUAUUGAUACGAAGAAGGAAUACAAGCAACAACUUAGAGAGGUCGGAGUGUCACCUACAUGGUGGGCAUUUUUCAAUUCUAUGAGUUCAUUCAACGAUCUUGGUUAUUCAUUAAAUCCUACUUCAAUGGUAAUGUUUGCUCAAAACGCAUACGUUCUUAUCAUCUCAUCAUUUUUCAUCGUUAUCGGUAACACAGGUUUUCCUAUCUUCUUGCGAUUUCUAAUAUGGCUGUUAAGAUUAUUUACUCGUCCUUUAACAAUGACACAUGAUUCCCUCAGUUUCUUAUUGGAUCAUCCUAGACGUUGUUUUACUUUGCUAUUUCCUUCCGGCCCAACGUGGUGGUUAACUGCAGUACUUAUUAUUUUGAAUGGAUUCGAUUGGAUAUUGUUCAUUAUUUUGGACUUUGGGAGUUCAACAUUAUCAUAUCUGCCUAAAGGCUACCAGAUCUUGGCCGGUUUGUUUCAGUCUAUUUCAACUAGAACUGCAGGCUUUAAUGUUGUUAAUUUGUCAACUUUGCAUCCUGCUAUCCAAGUAAGUUACAUGGUGAUGAUGUAUAUAUCUGUCUUACCUUUGGCUAUUUCAAUUCGAAGAACCAAUGUUUACGAAGAACAGUCUUUGGGUGUUUAUGAUAGGGAUGAGGAAGCUAAUCCCGAUGCUGAACCUAAGCUGAAAUAUAUUGGAACCCAUUUGAGAAAACAGUUGUCCUUCGAUUUGUGGUUUUUAUUUUUAGCAAUUUUUAUCAUUUGCAUCGUUGAGGGUGGAAGGUUGAAAGGAGGUGAUGUCAAUUUUGGAAUUUUUCAGAUAAUGUUUGAAGUUACCUCGGCAUAUGGAACUGUUGGCUUGUCUUUGGGAUAUCCCACAUCGAAUGCUUCAUUUUGUGGUGAGUUUUCCAAGCUUUCAAAGCUAGUCAUUAUUGCUACGUUAAUAAGAGGUCGUCAUAGAGGCUUGCCGAAUUCCAUUGACAGAGCCAUUAUGUUAUCAGACCAAACUCUUAACUUGAGAGAUGAUUUAGAAGCCUAUCAUGCGAUGAGAAGAAACAACACUAUGGUUUCAGACGACGUGAGUAGUUUGUUUCCGAGUAUUUCGAGGGCUGCUACAAGAGCUUCUAGAUCGAGGAAUGCCACGUUAGAUAGGCAACCCACUAUUUCUGAGAAUUUAAGAAAUGGUGUCAUUCCCUUCAAAUCAAUUGCACAUAAGCUAGGAAAAACGCUCGGAAAGAUAGCAUCCAAUGUUUUGACGGUAUCUGGUACCUCGGUCGAUAAAUAUUCAAGACAGUUGACGCAGUAUAAUACUUAUGAUCCGUCCUACCCUCGUAGUAGAUCAACGACAUACAGUGGUUAUGAUAGAGCAUCCAGGAGGAACACACGAAUUGAUGAAGAAGACGGUGAGAAUAACAUUGAUGAUCCAGAUUUUCAUGACUAUCAUGAGUAUAAUGAUAGGAAGUACGGAAGAACAAAUGGAGGAGAGUCAAUCCCUCUGUAUAAUGUCAAUGAUGCAACUCCCAAUGAGGAAACUAACAUGCACACACAUUUCAUAAAUCACCUGAAUGACAAGUCAAUUUAUGACAAUAGAAUGCAAGAAGGAUCUUCAAGCUCUGAGGAUCGGGCAAACCCAGCUGUCAAUGGAUAUGAUGGUUUUGUUUCAGGGGAAGAUCUUCGUACUUAUCAUACAAAUGAUUCUGGUGAAGAUACAGAAAACAAGCGUAAGUACGAGGAAGCUCGUUUGAGUAAAUACAGGUCCAGAUAAUCAAGUCUAUAUAUUUAUGGUAUAUUUCUGAUACAUAAUAUUAAAUGCAUAUAAAAAGAUUUAGGUGUU